UCAGUUCUACAGGUUCCUAAGAAAAUAUAUGUCAUUUAUGACCUUAUGUAAUUUUAUAAUCAAUCAAAACAAAUAAUUGGGGAUGAAUAUUAUUCGGCCGUGUUUACAUAAAUAUAGAACACAGUUUCCAAUAAUUUUUUGGCUUCGUCAUUUAAAUGCGCAACGUUCAGAUGCAACAUAUUAUGACGUGCUAAAUUUAAAAAGAAAUUGCACUACUGAGGAAAUACGAAAUGCUUUUAUUAAAUUGUCUAAAGAACAUCAUCCUGAUGUAAAGUCAGUGCAAAACGACCCGAAAGCAACUGCUAAAUAUGUUCUUAUUAAAGAAGCUUAUCAAGUUUUGAGCAAAAAAGCAAGCAGAAGGGAGUAUGACCAAGAUUUGGCUGCAAAGGGUUUUCAAAAUGUCACUUAUCAACACGCUCAAGGACCGUGGAAAGUAUAUCCCAACUAUAAUGAGAACCCAGGUCCUUAUUAUGGAGUAGAAGGAUGGCAAAGAAUAUCAAAUUUGAAAUUUGUUUGGAUUCUGCUAGCUUUUGCCACUGUAUUUACAGCGUUAGAAUUUUAUCUCGUUAGAAACUCAUUUACAUUUGAUAGGAAACGAUUGGAUGAGUUAUCAAAAGAAGCAAGCAAUUUACACGAAUCUGUUAGAGCUGAUGCCGUAAAAUAUGGUAAUGAUAAACAAUUGGAAAGAGUAAUACAGCGCAUUUUGAAAGAUAAAUAAAAUGUGGCAGGAACUUUUUAAAUAACAGGAGAAUUAAAAAUAUCUGUGAUUUAGAUAAUGUAAAAAAAACCAUUUUUAUAAAAAAAAUUGUUUAGCACUGGAGGCUAGUUCUGUUUGACUAAAUUUAUAAUAAUAAAGAAAAAUAUAUUUUAUUACCGCUACUUGAAUAAUUAAAUAUAAU